AUGGAGCAUUGUCCAAUAUUGAUCCAAGUUCCGAAGUUCCGAGGCUGGCACAUGCUGCACGAGGAAGACAAAGCCUUGGAGCCCUUGAUGCGGGUCGUGCACUCCACCGGAGGCGUCAAAGUUCAAAGGGGCAGCGCAUGCCUGGAGGUUGGAGACCAGCUGUCUGCCAUCCUCGUGGCCAUGCAGCUCCUUCGGAAGAAGAGCCGCUGGGGCCAGAUCGUGCAAGCAGGUGACAAAGCCUUUGAGGUUGCUGGCGGGAAAUGGGUGGACCCAGUGCUUCCAUUCCUAAAAGGACUCAGCCUGGCAAGGCUAAACCAGCCAGCACAGGCAGCCGAUUCCCUGGAAGAGGCCAUCGAGUUGCAGCGCGGCUUUAAGCAGGCCUAUUUGGAGUUCGACCAAGCUUGCACAGCGCUGCGCGACUUUCCGCGCUGCAGGCAGGUGGCACAGAAGCUUGUCGACCAUGGAGGUCAUUGGGUGAACUGCUGGCAGCGGCCCCUUCAUUUCCACGCUGGUGAGGAUCCGAAGGUCACAUCCCGGCCGUGGUAUGAACCGGAGCAGUUUGAGCUGGUCCGCUGCCUGGAGGAAAACUUUGCUGCCUCAGCCUCAGAAGAUCAGACGUCUGAAAGGUUCAGCUAA